AUGGCGCAUCCUGGAGAAGCUGACCAACUUUUGCGAGAAUUCACGAUGACUCAGAACACGAGUGUCUACGUGAGCAUUCUCUCGUUGAUGUUCAUCACAUUUGAGCGAUGGCGAGCAAUCACCUGCCCACUGAAAAGUCCCCUGCAGGCCACUCGAUACAUCAUUGCCGGUACAUGGAUAGUGGCAAUGGCGAUGUCUUCACCAGAACCGUAUACCCUUCAACUGAAAAGCGCUCAAUUUCGUCGGCAAAAUUUUUCGUCAACAUGGGGCACUCGAUGCAUCGCCUCGUGGUCAAGUGAAACCGAACAGCAGUACCAGAUUGUGCUGACGUUGUGCGCCUACUUUGUCACCUCUGCUGUUCAUCUCUGUUCUAUAAUUGGCAAACGGCAAGUAGCAAAUCGUAAGAAGGCCGUGCGAAUGUUGAUAGCUGUCGUGUGCAUGUUUGCCUUGUCAUACCUCCCAGUACACCUGCACAACAUCGCCGCGACGUUUGACUUACUCGGUCGUGAUUCCGACAUCAAUUGGAUCUAUAUUCGUAAGCUUCUGCCUCGCGUCUUCAGUUACUCGUCGAGCUGUUUGAAUCCA